UGUAUAUAUUUUAGUUACCGUUCUUAUCAAAAUUUCAUUGACAUAAACUGGACCAGUCUAAAACGGUUAUUGCUCUACCUUACAUUAAUAUUAUCGAUGCCUCCUCGGCGCUUUUUACAGUAAAAACACAUUGGCUUGUUAGACAAAUAAAAACAGAAAAAAGUGAUAAAAAAAUACAGUUUAUAAAUUAACACAGUUGAUUUAGGAGUUAGGUUGUUUCGUAUUAUGAUGACAUUGACAUCAAUAAUUAAAAGAUAAUAGAACGCUUUAAGAGAUUGUGCUGAAUCGAAUCAAUAUAAAUACAGCCGAAAUUGUGAGAGUUUGACAACUUAUUUUGGUACGCCAAAUCGACUCAGGUACACGGUCUCUGGUCGAUAUCCUUGUGAAGAUGUUUCUAAAAAUAUCUGUGCUCCUGCUGGGUCUCAGUAUCAGCUAUACGUUAGCUCGCAGACUGCCGUUAAGCCUUACAACAAAUGAGAAGAUUCAGAAGCUCCACAGCGAAAGCCUGGUUCUGGCCGAAGUACAUCAGGACACGUCGACCAUAUGUUUCAGUUACUACAAUCCGAAAUUGAACCUAAUAACGGUACAGUACGAAGUCGACUACGAUAGCUGCAUUAGCGCCUAUGAAACAUCAAGCAAACAGGUUGAGAAUUGCUAUAAGUCUGCCCGCGAGAGCAUAGAGACCAGUGCAUUCCAGUCCUGUAGCGCUUUAUAUGCAUGCAAUCUGGCCUCGAAUGCCUACAAUGCGUUCGAGUGUGCCUCAAUUACGGCUGCUGAAGAUGCCAAGAUCUUUUAUGCAAUUUCUGCAAACGCCACGGAUGCUGCUAUCAAGAGCAAGUCGGACUAUUCGCGAGUUGACACUACCAGGAACGUUUGCGUUAGCAAUGCGGAAAAGAACUAUGUUGAGAACACGUCUAAGGUCUAUGGCCUAUUGAAUAGUUGCCUAUUGGGCAACGAUAAUAUUCCAGUAUCCACUGAGUCCACAACAACAGAUUUUACCGAUUGGUCAACAUAUGAUGAAUAGAAUUCAAUAUAAUAAAUAUGCAUUCAAUAAUAAAAAUUCAUAUGUCUAAUGCAAAGAUGUUA